UAGCGCCAUUUUAAUUAAAGUUUGCCGCACAUGUGGUACUUCUCCAAAACAUAAGGGCUCGAAGAAAAUUAGAAAAACAACCAAAAUUUUCCCUUUAAUUUGCCGGAAUUUUAGUGCCAAAAUGAAGUACAUACUCGUUACCGGAGGUGUGAUAAGCGGUGUAGGCAAAGGAGUCAUUUCCAGCUCUUUCGGGGCGAUUUUAAAAUGCUGCGGCAUUGAGGUAACCAUGAUCAAAAUUGACCCUUAUAUCAAUUUGGACGCUGGUACUUUUAGCCCUUAUGAACAUGGAGAAGUAUAUGUUUUGGAUGAUGGAGGUGAGGUAGAUCUUGACCUGGGCAACUAUGAAAGAUUUUUAAAUGUAACAUUGCACAAAGAAAACAACAUUACCACUGGCAAAAUAUAUCAGUCUGUCAUACUCAAAGAACGUCAUGGGGACUAUUUGGGAAAAACUGUUCAAGUGGUACCUCAUAUCACAGAUGCCAUUCAAGAAUGGGUGGAAAGAGUGGCCCAGAAACCAGUAUCAGAAAGCGGCAGAAUCCCCGAAGUUUGUAUUAUUGAAUUGGGAGGUAUUGUUGGAGAUAUUGAAAGUAUGGCCUUUGUGGAGGCUUUCAGACAGUUUCAGUUUAGGGUGAAAAGGGAGAACUUUUGUGUUGCCCAUGUAUCAUUAGUGCCACAGCCAAGAACAACCGGAGAAUCAAAAACAAAACCCACUCAAUCGUCAGUCAGAGAGCUACGUGGUCUGGGUCUUUCACCCGAUAUAAUCGUUUGCAGAUCGGAAAGGCCCAUUGAAGAUAAUGUAAAAGCAAAAAUAUCCAAUUUUUGUCAUGUAGCUCCACAACAGAUUAUUAGUGUUCCCGACUUAAACUCCGUUUAUGAAGUACCAGUUUUCAUGGAAAACCACGGAAUGGCCGAAUACUUAAGUGGCAGAUUAGAUCUGGGGCUCACCCCUUUGCCCCCAUUCAGAAAAUAUAUGACGGAUUGGAUCGGGUUAGGUGACCGAAUCAGACAUUUGAAAUAUGACGUUACGGUAGCCAUAGUCGGAAAAUACACGCGAUUAGAAGAUUCUUACACAUCGAUAACGAAAGCUUUACAUCAUGCCGGCAAUAAAAUCGGCUACAAAGUUAACAUAAAAUUCAUAGAGGCCUCGAAUUUGGAAAAUACGAUGCUCACAGACGAUCCCGCUUCGUAUCAUACUUCGUGGAGGGAAUUGUGUUUGAGCGAUUGUGUUGUGGUGCCAGGUGGUUUUGGUAAAAGGGGCGUCGAAGGCAAAAUCGAGGCGGUCAAGUGGUGCCGUAUGAAUGAAAAACCCUUUUUGGGAAUCUGCUUGGGUUUCCAGGCGGCCGUGAUUGAAUUUGCCAGGAGCAAGUUGGGGCUUGAGGGUGCCAAUUCGACUGAGGUAAAUGAAGAGACCAAGUAUCCCCUAGUAAUCGACAUGCCAGAACAUAACCAGGGCAACAUGGGUGGCACCAUGCGAUUGGGCAAAAGAACCACCGUAUUCAAAUCGUCCGCUAAAUAUUGUAAAAUGCGAAAACUGUAUGGAAACAAGGACAAAAUCGAGGAGCGCCACAGGCACCGUUACGAAGUGAACCCCGAAUACAUUGAAGAGCUCGAAAAACACGGCAUGAAAUUUGUUGGUGUGGACGUUGAGGAAAAACGUAUGGAAAUUCUCGAACUAGAGGAUCAUCCUUACUUCGUAGCGGUACAAUAUCAUCCCGAGUACCUUUCCAGACCAGUGAUUCCUUCUCCGCCAUUUAUGGGACUGAUUUUGGCCGCUAAAGACAGACUAAAGGGCUACCUCGCCAGGGGUUGUAAACUUAGCCCCAGGGAGCCUCAGAGCGAUUACUAUGAUUCAGAAGAGGAAGCUGUAGCCUGGACGGUAAACAAUCUUACCAUCAAAGGAGAAACCGACGACAGCAGCGCCUAUAGCAGCUCAAGCCAGUUAUAGUUCAGAUUUUAAGCAUUUUCUUUCAUUUCAAAACUUACUAGUUAAUUUAACAGUGGUAAGUCUUAACUCCAAUAUUUGUUACGCGGCUUUCAGUCACACACAAGGUGUCCCAGAAGUCGCUCAUUUUAUAGUUUGUAUAUUUUGACGUCUUCGGGGAUAGUUUCUUUAUGAAUCUCGUCUUCUGGAACACCUUGCAAUAUGAUUAGCUAUUGUCAAGAGUUAAACUAUUUCCAUAGUGAAAGUAUUAAUGUUAAAGAAAAAUAAGGUUAGAAUAGCUUUGGGCGCUACCAGUCCGAAGGUUUAAACGUAGAGUUGUUAAUAUUUCCGCUUAAAAACAUUAUGGGACUUAUCUUAAAGUAAACUUUAUGUAAAGUUGGUAGCAAAUAAGUUUUACUGUAAUGUUUGAUGGAUAUAUAUGUCGAAUGGAAUAUAAAACGUUUACCAUAAAAA